AUUCUAACAGGACGCCAUUCCGACUUGAUUUUAGAUGACAAUACAAAUAUUUGAUAUUUCAUAUUUAGAUACAUUUUGUCGUAAGUAAAAACCAAUCAAAUAUUUCGAAUCAUAUAUCGGCAUGUGUAAAAUGGAUGGGGGUGAAAAGUAACUUCUAUAUACAUGUUGUUUAGAUACAAAUUAUAUUGCAUUAGUAGACGACACCGUUUGCGAAAUCAUGUCUUUUAUAACGAAGAGGGAACGUGUCUUUAAUGACUACGAUCUGUUCGACUUGCCGGCAAGAAAUGAAGGGAAGUUGAAGGCAUAUGCCUCAUGCACAGACGCAAGGGCAUGGUCCCACUUCUGUUCGGAUAAAACUGAACACCUGGUCGAUAUAAUAAAAAGAAACAAUGACACUUGUCGGCCUAAAUAUGUACCAACGGAUGUAAUAGUGGACACACUGAUGGUAGCUAAAAAUGCGGAGAUCGGCCGUCUGAAGCGCAAAAUCGGGGAGUUUGAAGAAAUGUUGACGGCUUAUGACCAACUGGAUCUCACUUGUGAGCAGAAAUGCGAAAUUGCGACUGCUCAUGCUGCCAUUAAAGCAGCUAAUAAGGAACUUGAUGACAUGUUUUUGGAUUUGGACUUAUCUGGCUUUACUGAGGGCAUUGAAUCGGAUGCUUUUGAGACUGGCAAAUCUCGAGGCGAUGAGACUGGCAAAUCUCGAGGUGAUGAGCCAAAAGGCAAAGAUCAGUGGGUAGUAGCAAAGGAGCCACCGCCUAUAGCACAGCACAAGAGUAACCAAGCGGCUCCCUCCCCUUGCGACGCGUGCACCUUUGUUACAGAUCCAAGAAUACAGCAAAUGAAAGACGCUCUCAUAAAUAAAGACGCGAAACUAAGUGCUAUGCAAAACACUAUAGCCGUAAUGGAAAAUGAUGUGUGCGAACCUUACUGCAUCUACGCUCACAUUUACACGGCUUUAGAGAAAAUCUUUGGUAUACUAUGCCAAAAUGACAAAUACAAGUUGUAUUUAAGUCUAAUGACAGCCGGGAAAGAUACGCGAUGUAUUGACAUCAAGGGAAAGAUAUUGUAUAAGCUGAAAGUAUUGGAAAAGUUCUGCCAAGCGUUGAUAGCGCCAUGCUCCCAACCGCAAGAGCGAGACACUGGCACAUCUGAACAAGAUUGCUCGUGCUAUCGCGCGGAAAUCUUAAAAGAUGUAAUCCCAAGUCCAGUAUAUGCUCUGACAUCCGCUGAAAUUCAGAGUCCUAUUCUUGAUACCAAGAGAGCUCAUCUAGUUGCUGAUAUUAUGGAAAAUGAAGAAAUGAAAGAAAUUCUAAGGAAAGAAAGUUUGUCAAAUGUAAAUCAAGGUGAUGAAACAGAAGAUUUCAUUGAUGAUUAUGAUAUAGAAACAGAAAAUUUGAAACGGCUAAAGAAUUUGCAAGAAGACUACGAUGAUUUGAUGACCUGUUACGAAGCUUUAAAGCAUGAAAAGGAAGAUUUAUUACUCAAGUGUCAAAAAUAUGAAGAAUUAGACAAGGAAUAUGUGUCACUGCGGAAUCAAUUACGAGAGUAUAAUCUGCUCUGGAAUGAGAAAGAACACUACCGUAAGCGUUCCACAGAUCUCGAUUCUUUAAAAGAACAAUUUUUAAUUUUGUCAGAAGAAACUUCAAGUAUGGAAACUCAAUUAAAGGCGGAAUCGGAAAUAAAUAAAAUGAAAGCUAAUACAAUCGAGGAGUUGAGGAAUGAAAAUAUAGCACUGGAAAAGAAAUUAAACGAUGCGUUAAUUGCUUUUGAAAAAGAAAAAAGUAUAGCACUUUGUAAAUUACAAGAAACAGAAUGUAAAUGUAUGUGCCAAGAACAGCAGAUAAAGAGUUUAUCCGUACAAAUUGAUAGACUUCUGGAACAAGAACCGGAGAAGGCUCAAACUCAUGGUGAUCCAGCUCAAACUCUGAUGUUAAUAGAUGAAGUGGAAUCAUUAAAGGAACAAAUAAAAAAUUUGAAAGACACACUGUUAUGUUGCGAAGAGGAAAAGCAGAAUUUGCAUGACGAAUUUCAAGAUAACCUUAAACUAAUCAAUGAUCUUCGGAUGGAAAUAGAAGAUUGGAGAAGUACAUAUGAAAAAGCUAUACAUCGCAAUAAUUAUUUAGAAGAAUAUGCUCAUCAUUAUGAAGAUGACAUAAAUAGAUUAGUAAAUGAAAACAAGAGAUUGGUAAAUGACAACAAUCAACUUUCACAAGAUGUCAAAGAUAAAGCUGCAGCAGUAGAUAAUUUGAUAAACGUUAUUAAUGAUAAAUCUCAAGAAAUCAAUAAACUGUUAGGAGAUGCAGAUAUUAAAGAAAAUGAGAAUAAAGAUUUACUGAGACGACUUCAAGAUAUGUAUGAAAGUAAUGUAUCAGACAUAGAAAAUGAUAAAAAAGAAGCCUUGGAAUCAUUGUCAAUAGCAAAAAGGGAGAGUGAAGAAUUAUUGCAUAAAUUAAAAGACUACGAAGACGUUAUUCAAAGUCAAAAUGAUAUGUCGAAAGGUUUGGCAGCUCAGAUAGAUAAUUAUAAUCAGAUAAAACAAGCUCUAUUAGAAACAAUAGCAGAAAAUAAAAAUCUUCAAAUGGAUUUGGUGAAUCGUGAAAAAAAUAACACACACUUAAGACAAGAAAUCCAAAAGCUACAAGAGGCACAUACUCAUGCUAUUGAUAAUAUCGACGGUUUAAAUGAAGAAAAAAAUAAAUACAAAACUUCAUUAGAGCUAACAAGCAAAAAAAGUGAAACUUUAUCACAAGACUUACAAAGUCUUCAGGAAACCUAUGAAAACCUAACGGCGGACAAAAGAAAUUUGGAAAAAGAGCUUCGUGAAACAAAAUACAAAUUAGAAGAUGCAAAAUACUCGGCAGAUUUGUCUAGAACAGAGAGCAAAGAAUUUAAAGUGAAAUCUGAAAAUUUGGCUGAUGAAUUAUCUAGACUUAAUCACGCAUACCAAAUGCUGCUGAAAGAAAAAAAUUGUUUAUAUAAGGAACUGUCAGAAAAAAAUUUGGAUUUGAUUAGUUUACAGAAAUCUUUAGAUGACUUAAAAGCAACUAAUGAAAAUCUAGAGCAAAAAUGUAACCAAAUUAGUAAUUUAGAAGACAUAAUUGGAGAUUUACAGAAAGCAUGUGAUAAAUUAGAUUCUGAAAAACAAUUACUUCAAAAUGAUUUGGAUACCAAAAAUGAAGAGAUAAAUAACUUGUGCAAUAACUUAGAAUCCAAAAUAGAUGAGAACUCGCACUUAUUAGAUGAUCUCAUGUCAUUGCAAAAUAAACAUAAGGCUGUAAGAAAUGAUUUGGAUGAUCUAAGCCACGAAAACUUAAGUAAUAAAAUGUCAUUAGAUGCUGUUAGAAAGGAAAGUGAUGAUUUGUCAAGAAAAUUAAAAUACUAUGAAAAUUUAGAAAAAGAUUUCAUAAAGUUAAGGCAAGAUAAUUACCAAAUCAAAUUGGAAAAGCAAAAAUUGCAAGAUGAAUUAAAUUCUCAAUUCGAUAAUUUAAGACAAGCUCAACAAGAGAAUAAUGAACUACAAAAAGAAAAUCUGACUUUAAUUCGACAUACUGAACAUUUAGAAAAGGGUCUUGUGGAUGCUAGAACACAGCUUGCUGAAAAUAUGGAAUUCGAAGACCCAUAUCUAGAAAUAAAAAAUGAAAUAGAGGUUUUAAACAGAGAAAAAGAUACUAAUCUUCAACGAAUUAGAGAUCUAUCCAAUGAAUUGGAUAUUUUGGAAAACGUUGUAACAAACCUUACGCAAGAUGUUUCCGCUCGCGAUGACAAGAUCGCAGUCUUGGAGAAUCACAUUAAUAAGUUAAAAGACGAAAUCACACGCUUGCACGGUUGCUUAUCAGUGGCCAUAGAAGCAGGAGAACAACUGAAAAGUACAAGCUAUGAAAAGAUCGGUCAGUCACUGGAAAACAUGGAAGCUCAUCAUUCCAAAGCAACACAUAAUAUGAAAAUAGAAAUAGCGAAUUUACAAAAUGAGAAAAUGAAACUUGAAGCGCAAAUGUCCUUUACAAAAUUAAAAACGGAAGAAUCUGUUAAAGAAUACAAUAAAAACCAAUCAUUAUUAGCACAACUUCAAAAUGAAAGGGAAAUAAUUGUCACUGAUAUAAAACAACUUGAACUUCAAAGCGUCGGAGAUAGUUCUUUAUCACCUAUCAAUUGUAGUGUUGAAAAUAUCCUGGAAUCUUUGGACAGAAUACGUAAAAUAUUGGAAGUGAAAACUGCCAAGAAUAAUUCCCUUGAACAAGCUUUGUUCAAAGUGCAACGAUCAUCACAGGUAUUAGUAAGUGAAGCUAAAGAUUUAGUAGAAAAAGAAAAACAGAAGAUUUUAAACGAAAAAGAAGAUGCCAUUCGAGACAAACAAUAUUUGCAAAAACAACUAGAAGAUCAAAAAUUGAUACUAGAAACUCAAAUAGAAAAUGACAAACAGGUUAUAAAGGAUUUGGAAGCUGAAGUUCUAAAUCAAAAAUUAAUAAUAAGUAAAAUAAAUGAAUCAACUGCAAGCUACAUUUCUAAAUUAGAGGAAGAAAUGCAAUCAAUACAAACUUUGUAUGAAAACUCAAUGGCAAAAAUAAGUGAGUUACAAGAAAAAUUACAAAAUAUUACUGAAGAGUCUAAUCAUAAUUUAGAAGUUAUAGAUAAAUUGCAACAAGAUUUGAAACAAAAAUCUUGUGAUAUAUCUUCCCUACAACGUGAACUAGAAAUGUUGCAGAAUAAAGAUACCCAAAAUAGUUAUACACAGACUGAGAUAGUGGAAAUAAAAUCAGAAACGUCACAUCUAACUGAAACGAAAUUAUUGAUUGAUAAGUCAUUACGUAAUAGAGAUCCGAUUGCCGUAUCAAAUAAAUCCGAUCCCACAAGACUCAAAGCAUCGGAAGAAAAUAAUAUGCUUUCAAUAUUACCAAAACAAAGACCGCAUUCGAUAAAUGAAGUACAAAUUUUAACAGCAAAUGUAGAACCAACAUUUGAUUUCGUCAAAAGUAGCUACCUUAACUAUAAACUUAAACAAUUAAGUAUUGGUCGCAUAGAACAACAGUCAAUAUCAAAUGAUGAAAUAUCUAUUCACGAAGACGUAGCUCAGUACUCUGGUUCAGCUAGUAAUAAUACCGACAAAGUCCAGACUAAAGACAACGACAUUGUUGAUCUUUACAAUAGAAAAUCAUUACAUACAGAUUCUUCUAAAGCAGAAUAUCGAGACCCAGAAACAUCAAAUAGCAAAACUGAUUAUAAAGAAACAAGUUUAUUUGCUGAGUCGGAUCAAACAAAAGAUUCAAAAGAAACACCUAACAUAAAGAAAAAAAAUGACAAAGACCUAUUUGUUAUUUAUAAAGAAAGUGAAACCGAUUUUGAGAAUAAAUUGCACGAUGAUCAAGGCUCAUGGAAUACCAACAAAAAAUCUGGUGUAAAAAUGGGAAUUACUAUAUCUAGUCCACCAAAGGAAGAAGUAAGAAAACAGAAAACUAAGAACGAUAAAAUAAAGAACGAGCAAAUGAAUAAAUACCUAUCCCAAGACAUAAAUUAUAAUGAAUAUAAAGAUGAUGUGGAAGAUGACGAUAGUGUUAAACCGAAAUUAAAUAUAAAAUUACCACGCGUAGCAACAGAUAGUCCAUCGAAUCAAACGUCAGAAGGUGAUAGAAAAUCUUUGGAUUCCUAUAGAAUGACAGUAUAUCUAUCACCGAAGGAGACACAUUCCGAUAAUAAACUUAGAUCACAUAGAAAGUUAGAAAAAACAAUUUCCCAAGAAACUCCUUCAUUGCCAGCUCUAUCAAACGAUGAAAAAUUCACAAACUCAAAUAUUUCAUUCAGAGUUCCAGUUUAUGAAAAAAUAAAUAAGGAAAAAUAUAAAAAACAACGUAAAGAUGAACUUAUGGGACAAAAAAAUAACGAGAAAUCGUCGCCAUUGGAAAACAAAUCGGUCCAUAAGCUAUCUCGAGUUGGUGCUGAUGCAUUUUUGAUUAAAACUAAAGACAACAAUCAAGGUUGCCCUAGAAAUAUGGAUAAAGAUUAUGGCUUGCAGUAUAUACUAGAUGCCAUUAAUAAAGAAAAUGAAAGUGAGCUACCCGAAUCAUAUUCAUUUAUUACGGAUAAGACAAUCCAAAAAAGUAAAAAUAACGCUACAUUUAAUCCUCCUGUUAAAAUGUUUGAUUCUAGCAGUCCGACAAAAACAAAUGAUAGUAUUUGGAGUCCGAGCAAAAUUAGCGAAAAAACUGUAUCACGAUCAGUAAUGGAUCGUGGAAUAAUGGUCAAACUUGAUAUUAGAGAGGAUUAUGAAGAAAAAGUCAGAUUUCUGACAAAGGCUUUAGAAAAUGUAGAAAAGGAUUACAAAAAGAAAAUCGAUGCUAUUAAAAUUCAAUACGAUAGCAAUAUAAAGAGUAUAAUAAAUGAACAUAAUUCAGGAGUUAAUAGCAUUCAGAAUUUGCAUGAAGAAACAUUACAAGACAUAAUUAAAAUUCACGAAAACGAAGUGGAAAACUUAAGAACACUAAGUAUUGAAGCUAUGCGCAAAACAGAGCAAUUGGAAAAAGAAAAUCGGACGCUGAAAAGUAAAAUUCCAGAUUAUUCCCCUACUUUUGACGAGCCUACAAGAAUAUGCUGUAAUGAAGGUAGAAAGAAAAGAAGAUCUCGAACUGAUACCUACAUGCUCACCAAGACGAAUGUAGAAGCUUUCAACGUGAAGCCUAAAGUGAAAUCCCAUGGACCUUGCACUUGCUCUCUUGAUAUCAAUCUAUCUGAUACGAUACGUAAUAUAUUUGAGCAAGUAGAUAUCGAUCAAAGGAAAAUGGCAGAACACACUUACAUGAAAUAUAUUGCAAAGAAGAUUCUUAGCAAUACAGUUGAGGCAUUGGAUGCGCAAGAGCUAUCAUUUUUACACUUGAAAGUGUGCCGUACUUGGAAGUCGAAGUUGAGUAAAGAAGAAGCGCUACAAAAGAAGAUAGACACUUUGGAACACGAGUUGAUGAAUAAACAACGCAAUGCUCAGCAGCAUAUAGCGGAACUGGAUCGUAAGGUCGCCGAAGAAAGACGCCGGCUGCAAGAGGUUCGCGAAGCUGUGUGUAGGAGCCCACCAGAUUCCCGCUGUUGCAGCCCUACCCAUGAGGGCCAGAGGUUCUUGGACCCGGUGCCACCUGCGCCCCCGCCCACCGCCACUGAAAAAGACCUGCUAUGCGGUUGUAAUACUGGUGAUUUGAAGAUAAACGAAAGGCGUUCAGCGGGUGAUAUCACCGAGUAUCCUACAAAACCCAGGAGGGUCAAAGAGAGCAACAGAGCGGUGCUGGCACGCUUGGACGCUGAAGAAAGACGCGAGAGGAGACUAUAUCACGACGAGCCCCCUACUCGCCUCCGCCGGGGACACCCCGCCGACCGAUACAGAUCCCACAAGAAAUGACUACAGGCCUUCGUAGGCCUUCCGUACUGAGCCAGAAAGGCAAAAACUUAAAUUUUCAGUCGCGUAUACAAUAGCGUUGCAAUAUUAUCGAUAGUUUUUGCUACCUUGAAGGUCAGUCGAUUUAUCGAUAUGCAAAUCAAACUUCUGAACAGCACUAUUGAUAGAAAACGAUAUUAGCGAUAGUUAUCAUGUUAUCGAUAUGGUAGUAGGGAAGUUACUCUCGAUUUGUCGUUAUUUUCAAGGUCACAUUUUUAACGAUUCUUUGGAUAGUUAAUUGCAACAACAUUGAGUUACGCUUCGUAGUAAACAGUUGGUAUAUAAUUCACAUUGGCGUUUCUUUUUCGGCGGACUGGCUCUGAUAGUGGAUUAUCACAUGUUUUUUUUACUUUAAACAUUUUUUUUCUAUUUAUUAUCAUUAACACGGUGUGGGUGUGCUGCUGUGAUUGUUUCGUCACAAAAUUUGUGAAAGAAUUUUUAUACUUUACAUAUAUUUUUCUAUUUAUAUUUAUGUCCUAUUUAUUUAUUUAUUGCAUAACGUGAAUAUCACGGUGUAAAUUGUUAGUAAUAAAAUUAUUAAAAUUUU